AUGGCCAAACCCAUCCCAACUCUCGACGACCCCGACAAGUAUUAUGCACUCGACGACGACGAAAUCACAUUCUUCAAGAGUCAGACCGGCAUCAACGACGACGCUGCUCUCAAGAGCCAUAUCCUCCAUGUCCAGGCACAGGCAUACGAGGUGUGCACCCGUAUACUUGCAUCCGGCACUUAA